AGCCUCAGCGCUGUUUUCCCAUGUCGCAUGUCGGCGCGGGGAACUCUGCGAGUGACCCCACCGUGGUCUGCGAAUGACGCGAAGUGGCGAUGCGGCUUUGGAGCUUCGGCUUCUUUGCACUGCUGGCGGCCGAACGCCUGCCCCUCGAUGAGGAGCUGGGGAGCUCUUUGGUGCAGCAGGCCUCAGUGCCGGAGGUGAAGCGAAAAGCGCAGCCAGGCAAUCCCGGCGGUGGCUGUGAUCUUCCCCCGGGGAAGAUUUGCUUCAUCGUACGCGACCACUAUGGCUUCGAGCACCCCUUGGUCGCCUCCCCAAAGGUGCACAGUGUGAAGCGAGCAGCGCUGAAGCUAUUGCAGAAGCAGGGGGCAGCCCCACGGCACAAGGACGGGCACAAGGUCACCGUGGAGAACAUGAAGGAGCUCGCGCAGCUGACGCCGAUCUUCCGAUACGUGGACGAGGAACUCGGGGAUUCGGACCUCCAAGACUUGCUGGAAGAGAACCCGCGUGUCAACAAGCUGGUCGUCGACUGGAGACCCCUGGAGGGUGAGACGCGUUCGCCCCCAAGGGCGCGGGAGCUGGACUUCGAUGACGACGUGAACCAACUGGCGGCGAGGGAUCGCUUCGGGGCGAGGUUGGAAGGCGCUGCUUUUGACGGCCUUCAGGCGCCAGACUUGUCAGGCUUCGCGGACCUCACGUCGAAGUCGCCGGGGCUCUGGCAGUGCUUGUCCUCGUUACCAGAGCAGUAUCGGCUCUCGCGUAUGCUUUCAGUGGCCGGCAACGUCCCGGAGCUGCCGGAAAGUGUUUGGAGGGAUUACUUGCAGCCGGCGCUUGCGCCAGUGCGGGUUUGGGCAGCCCUGAGCGUGCGGGAGACCAUGCACGGCCACCGCACUGUUCUUGUGGAUGUUGGCAGGUCCUCAGCGAGCAAGAAGUGCGUGGCCGUGCAUGCUGGUAACCUCAGCUGCUUGGAGAAUGCCGCCGCCAAAGGCGAGCAUGGACACCGCUGGAAAGGUACGGACGAGGGCACCGGCACGUUUCAUGUGGCCGUGGCAAAUGAGGAGGUUUGCGUACAGAGGACUGACUGCACAGACUGCGGAUGGGACUUUGAGAUGGGCAUCCGUUGCCAUGACACCUACAAGGAGUAUGUGAUUCCGGUGGGCAAGCGCGAUCCGUACACCAGCUUGCACGACAAGCACUGCGUCACGGUACAUGCGGUGGACCUGAUCUGUCAUGAAGAUGCAGCGAAUCCGGAGCACAGAAUCAACCAGGACCCCCUGCCAGAGACCUUCCAGGUCUCUGUGGAAGGGGACGACAUCUGCGUGCAGCGCACGGACAGGAACCACUCCUGGGAUAUGGAUCUCCGAAUCGCCUGCUUCGCAAAGUCGCUCACUCUAGAUGUUACCGCUUUGCCCGAUGUGGCCUGGAAGAACAUGGUCAUAGACACCCUGUGGGGUCAUGUCCACAACGUGGUGGGCGUGGGUAUGGAUGCGGGCCGAUGCAUCUACGACCAUGUGCUGCAUCCCAUCAAGGCGCCGCUGACCAAAACCUUCAAGAAGGUCUUGAAGAUGGUGGAUCAGCUGCUGAUGUGGUCUCUGGACCAGUUGGGCUUUCUCGUUGCCCAGGCGCUACGUGCCCUGGCGGAGCGGAUGGAGAAGCAGGCAGCUGAGGAGUCCAUGGCCUGGCUUCCUGGUCAGCUGGUCUCCGAGCACUGCUUCCGCAAGAUCCAGAAGCAUAAACAUGCCUCGGAGUCCAUGCAGGCAGCCAAUCACGACGCCUUGCACAUCACGGCCACUGCAGUGUCGAGGACGGUGGACGCGCUCUUUGACAAGUCCUGGAGCAGUGCGGUGCAUCCGCUGAUGGACAUGGCCAGUGCCGGGCUUCAGAGCCUGGAAGGCAUCGCUUGGCUGGAGGGCUGUGGUGCCAUCCCCUUGGGCGAUGUGAUCUGCGCCUUGGUCACGUCCCUGGUCUCCGGGGCUUUGCGCUUCGCCGUGCCGACGCUCACCCAUUUCGCCGGCGAGCUGCUGGCCGCCCUCACGCCCGCCGGCCAUGGCGCGAAACGACGUAAGGACACGGUGUCAACGGAUUUCUGCCGGCUGAGAUUUGAAUGUGUCUUUGUUUUCUUUUUUGGGUUUUAAUUAAAGGGAAUCGAUUUCACUGCUGGACAUACUUUUAUUGGUUAAUGGGCAGCUUGCUGGGUUCUGCAGCCUCGGGCAACCUUCCCUCCCGCCUACGGUUGGAGUUCUAGGGCCCGUGAGCUUUCCAGGGCCCGCACAGAUGACAACGAGCACUCCCUACAAGAGUGGCGCACAGGCAAGACGGCCGUGGGUCCACGAACACAGCAAGGGGCCAGGAGUGGUCACCAAACAACCGAUGCACACCAAAGAUCAGGACUAACAGUCAGCCAGGGCCCAGUGAUGAGUGCACCAAGCAGUGACAAAGCUCAAGUUUCCCCAUUAGACACGCGGGGGCCACUGGCCCACGCAGGCAGCACGCCCGACUAAUACCGUGUGGAGGGCUCUGCAAACAGUCCCUGCCUGACACGAAGAAAUAUGUAUAUUUUUCAGGGGGC